AUAGACUCUGCUUCCAGCGGAUUCGAGUUCAAUGCGGGACAGCUGCACUCUCCUGGAACGAGGGAGGGAGUAGAUGUCCGUAAUUCACGAUGUGGAUGCGACCCCGCCAUGGCAACUUGUGCUGACUUCCCUGCUGUUGAUACUUUUGCCUGAAGCCUUGGCAAUUGCGUUGUUCUCCAGCAUAGGAGUUGGGGCAACCGUAGCAGGCUUUGGGGCAUCUGAGACCAUGGACAUGGUUGGGAAUGGUGCGGCUUGUCUUUGCGCCCUGCUCUUAGCACUUGCCUUUGUAGUCGAUGUGCAUCGAAGAGGUAUUGUUGUGCAGAUUAUCAUGGCUUUGCUACUCGCCGCUUGCUUCGUGGCAACUUCAGCGCUGAAAUUCAUCGGCUAUCCUUGGCUUAGUUUCUUCGUGUGUUUCGGUAUCUCCAUUGCCCUCAUUGCCAACAUGCGUGUGCGGUGCUUCAAGCCUUCAGACAUAGCUGGCAAGCGCUUCUUUGAGAGUCUUGCCUUUAGCUUCGUUCUAGCUGCACUGAUCGUUUUUGGAGCAUGGAUGGGAUGGCAAGCGAUGGCAGACAAGUUUUGGAGUUCGGAAACGCGGACAUCGCUGGCGGAAACCAACCAGGAGGUGUACAAUUACUUUUACAGCAACAGCAGUUUGACGCUGAACUACACGCUCCACUGCAGCGAGACCAAAGACACCGCUUUCCUGGCGACUUUGGGGACUGACAAUGAGGCCACCGUGGGUUCUGCCUGUAAAUCCGCCGAGACCGUGUGGUUCAUGCAAUGGGCAGGACCAUCAGCCAUCGGAAUCGGCAACAUCAUCGUAGCGGCAGUGAGUUGGGUUUUCUCCCAGGCAGCUGCAAGUCUGCAAUAUGACGAAUCCGAGACCGAGACUCACAAGGUGAAGAGAGCUCUCAAGAACUCUACGGCCUUGGUGGUUCUAAUGCUUACAAUCAUGUAUGCUGCCCAGUAUGUCUCCGGAGCCAACGUGACAAUCAGCUCUGGUCUUUUGGCCUUGGGAGCAGCCUCAGUGGCUACCAUUGUGGGUUUCAUGUUGCUAGAGUUUGGCUUCGCGCGCUUGAACGCUCAUGCCAAGAAGGAUCGUUUGGCCCAAAAUCUCAUGAACAUGCUGAAGUCCGAAUGGAUGAAGGCUUUGAUGGUGGCAGGUCUCAAUAUCUUCAUUCCCAUCAUGGCGCUGUUGGAUCGCAUCAGACAGAAGAUCCGCCGCUGCACCGGCUUGCCCUGCGCGGAUGGAGGGGGCAAGUUCACAGCUGAAGGGCAGCGGGUGGUGACUGAGAUGAGUAGUUGGGCUUGGUGCUCCAUCUUUUUCAAGGUGAACCUAGUGGGUCUGCUGGGUGUGUCCCUGCUCAUGGGAAUGAAGUUGACCUAUGUCUUCUUCUCCUGGCUAAAUGAGACGCUGGCAGCCGCCAAUCUGGGCUUCCCCUUGUUGUGCGUGAUGAUUUUGGGUGUGGCUCUGCUGAUGUUCCUAUGUCCCAUCGUUCCUGGGAGCGCUGUGUAUCUUUUUGCAGGCGUUGUUUUGGGUGCUCAGUCGCAGUUGACGGGCUCAGUGGGCUUCCCACUUGGAGUCGCAUCUGGCGUGCUGGUCUCCUCGGUUUGCAAGAUGAUCGCGUGCACCCUACAGUAUUCCAUGGGAUAUGGCAUGGGCAAGUUCGUAAAAGUGCAGCAGUUUGUUGGUGUGGACAAGGUGCCCACUAGAGCUAUGGAGCAAAUCUUGAACCAGAGAGGCCUUAAGAUCGACAAAGUGGCCAUCCUGGUUGCAGGUCCAGAUUGGCCCACCAGUGUCUUGUGUGGCAUCUUGCGGUUGAAUGUGCCCGCCAUGUUGUUGGGAACUUUGCCGGUGAUUCUCGUGAGCAUCAUCCCGCAAGUCCUGGUAGGAGCACUUCUGACCUACCAGGAUGAAUCUUCAAGUGGCAUCAUGGGUAUCAUCAGCAGCUCAGUGACCUUGGCUGCUGCUGUGGUGCAAGCUCUGGCCAUGUUUUUCUUCACCUACCGCAUCAUGAAGGUGGUGGAUGAGGAUGGUGAGAAACUGGCGCAGGAGCGCGAUGAGCAUCGAGCGGUGGCAGAGUUGACGCGAAAAGAGCAGGACUACGUGCGGGCCUUGAAGGAAGUCUCGGAUUGGAAGCGCCUAAGUUGCGCGCAGAAAACGACAGUGUUGCUGUCAUCGUUUUGCAUUCUUGUAGCCAGUUUCAUCUUCAUGGCGGAUUACUCGGUGGCGACGAAGUUCUGCUUUAGAAGUUUUGCCAUCACGAGUAAGAUUGGAGCGUCGUAUCUCGAAGGCGGCCUGGAGGGCAAUGCCCUGAAUUUGGUCAUUGUUCCGAUGGGCUGGGUCGCACUAGGCCUCGCGGUCAUCGGGACGACUCUUCACGUGGUGAUCAACAAGUGGCUGGCCUGCAAUGCUCGCAGCAACUUGGUGAGUGGCGCCAACAAAACCGAUGUCCAAGCCAUGUCUCCCAGCACGAUUGGCAAGAGCAGCAGCGGCUACUCUGGUUUCAAAGAUACAGAGUAGUUUGAGAGCCAAUGAGGUUCUAGAAUGUUCUGGAAGUUUCACCCCUGCCAAGCAUGGCAAUGGAGACAAUGGGAUCAAUGGGGUUGCGUCAAACGGUG